AUGACAGUUUCGACGUCGAAAAUAGCAGAUUCGGUUCACAGAGCAAUAUCUAAAGUAACAAACGAGGCCCAUUUUAGCAACUUAAUCGAUUGGGUUGAGAUUCACAGACCUGGGUUGAUGCUUUCAAAGAGCGUUAUCGGGCUCGGUGGCGGGCCCACCCUCGUGAUAUCAUCGGGCCGAAGCUUUCCGGUGGCUGAGCUGGACUUUGGGUUUGGAGGCCCAGUGCUGGGUACGGUGGGCUCAACCAUAGAAAGGCUUGGAGUUGGGUAUAUGAACCAAAGGCAGAGCGAGAAAAAAGACGGGUCUUGGAUAAUCUCGGCGAUCUUGUGGCCUGAGAUGGUCGAGGCCCUUGAAUCAGAUCCUGACCACAUAUUUCAGCCGAUGAGGAUUAAUCAUAUUCAACUGAAAGAACUGAAGACAUGUCUUUCUUCUUUCAGUGGAAGCUCCGAUCAAAUGCCGCCUGAUGGGCCGGGGCCCGCCUACUGCGGUUCCGGCAUCGGAAUUCUGGGUUUCUUUAGGGUGUGGGGGAGAGUAUUAGGGGGGGACGAUCGAUCGGAGGAAAGAGUACUGCGACGGUUGAGAGAUGCAAAAGGAGAAUGGCGGCGGAGGGUUUUAGGGAAAUGGAUGUUUAGUGCGGCGGCGGCGGAGGAGUUUGUGGUUGAGAGAGGCACAAAUGGCCACGAGUAG